AUUAGAGUUCUUUUAGCCCAUUGCAGCCAUGAAAUUCUUGAAAAUCUUUCUUCUUUUUUGCAUGGUUAGCUAUUUUCCAUGGCCAACUAUUCAGAGCCCUUUAGAUACUUAUAUAGUUCAAGUUGAAUCACAAGAAAGCCAAAUUUCCACUCAAUCUUUAUCAGAUCAGGAUCUUGAGAGCUGGUACCGAUCUUUUUUGCCAAAUACGAUAGCAAUCACACGCUCAAAUGACGAAGAAGGACCACGUUUAGUGUAUUCAUAUCGCAACGUGAUGAAAGGCUUUGCAGCAAGAUUAUCAGCAGAGCAUGUUAAAGAAAUGGAGAAGAAACCAGGCUUUGUAUCUGCAUGGCCUGAGAGGAUAAUGUCUUUACACACUACCCAUACUCCAAGUUUUCUUGGAUUGCAGCAGCAUAUGGGCUUAUGGAAAGAUUCAAACUAUGGAAAUGGUGUGAUCAUUGGAGUCUUGGACACUGGCAUUUCGCCUGACCAUCCUUCAUUUAGCGACGAAGGGAUGCUUCCUCCGCCUGCUAAGUGGAAGGGCAAGUGUGAAUCAAAUUUCACUACAAAGUGUAACAACAAGCUCAUUGGUGCGAGGUCCUACAUACAAGAAGAUCGCUCGCCAAUAGAUGAUGAUGGACAUGGCACCCACACAGCCAGCACUGCUGCUGGAGGUUUUGUGCAAGGUGCCAAUGUAUAUGGGAAUGCUAAAGGUACUGCAGUUGGGGUUGCCCCUCUUGCACACUUGGCUAUUUAUAAGGUUUGUGACUCUUCUGGUUGCGCUGACAGUGAAAUUUUAGCUGCCAUGGAUGCAGCUAUUGAUGAUGGUGUCGAUAUCCUGUCCCUUUCCCUUGGUGGAUUUAGUAGUCCCUUGCAUAGUGAUCCCAUUGCACUCGGUGCAUAUAGUGCGACAGAAAGAGGCAUUCUUGUAAGUUGUUCUGCCGGCAAUGAAGGUCCAUACAAUAGCUCUACUUCAAAUGAAGCCCCAUGGAUUCUGACAAGACAAAAUUGGCUUCAGGGCCUUUAUUCUUUAGAGAUGCUUGAUAAAGCUCAACCAAAUAUCUUGGUAUACGACAAAUAUUUUCUCAAUGCCUUUUUCCACCGCAACGAUAGCAUUCAGUUUCUGAACCAUUUGCUUUUGGCUCCUCAUCUUUCCCUUUCCACUUUUGGUGGUGGUGGUUAUACAAGGAUUGGAAAAGGACAAGCAGUAAAGGAUGCUGGAGGUGUUGGCAUGAUCAUCUACAAUGGGCUAGAAUAUGGUGUUACUACGUUAGCCGAUGCUCAUGUCCUUCCUGCCCUGGAUGUUACUUAUGCUGAUGGAAUGAAAAUUCUUGACUAUAUGAAUUCAACAGAGAAACCAGUAGCUAGAAUUACGUUUCAAGGAACGAUAAUCGGAGAUAGAAAUGCACCAAUGGUUGCUUCAUUUUCUUCUCGAGGACCAAGCAUGGCUAGUCCUGGAAUCUUGAAGCCUGACAUUAUUGGUCCUGGUGUUAACAUUCUUGCUGCAUGGCCUGCUUCUGUAGAGAACAACACAAACUCAAAAUCUACCUUCAAUAUUAUUUCUGGCACCUCCAUGUCUUGUCCUCACCUCAGUGGAGUUGCAGCAUUGCUAAAAAGCGCACACCCUACUUGGUCUCCUGCAGCUAUUAAAUCAGCAAUCAUGACAACUGCUGAUACAGUAAACCUCGCCAACAAUCCCAUCUUAGACGAAAGGCUCCUUCCUGCUAAUAUCUUUGCCGUUGGUUCAGGACAUGUCAAUCCAUCAAGAGCAAAUGAUCCGGGACUAAUUUAUGACACCCCAUUCGACGACUACUUACCUUAUUUGUGUGGUUUGAAUUACACAAAUCGACAGGUAGGAAACCUUCUACAACGCAAGAUCAAUUGCUCGGAAGUGAAAAGUAUUCCUGAAGCACAACUAAAUUAUCCGUCAUUUUCCAUCACACUGGGAACAAAUACUCACACAUAUACUAGAACAGUAACCAAUGUUGGCGAUGCUAAAUCAUCUUACAAUGUAGAGAUAGUUUCACCACGAGGAGUUUCCGUGAUGGUUAAGCCCUCUACUCUAACAUUCUCCGAGUUGAACCAGAAGUUGACAUACCAAGUGACCUUUUCCAAAACAGCCAAUAGCUCAAACAGUGAUGUAGUUGAAGGAUUCUUGAAAUGGACUAGUAAUAGGCACUCUGUACGAAGUCCAAUUGCAGUUGUGCUAGUCUAGUAAAACUGCAAGUUUGGAUGUCUAUUUGCUUUCUCUUUCUAAUAAUUUCAUCCUUUUACAAUAAGCAUGUGAUAAUAUGUUAUUAGAUUCUAUGAUUAGUCUAAUUC